AUGCCAGUUGACAUCCUAGCAAGUAUAUUUUUUGAUGGUCCUCAAGUUGUGCCUGGCUGGGAUUAUAUUAAAAAAUAUGGUCCAGUUUUACUCACUCUAGGUGGUUUAAAAUACUACUUUGGUGGUGCCUCCAACAGUUGGGAGAGAGAUAUGCACGGGAAGGUAUAUAUGAUCACAGGUGGCACAUCUGGAUUAGGUGCAUCACUUGCCUAUGAGUUGGCUAGCAAAGGCGCCCAGAUCAUUUUGUUAUCAAAAUCGACGAAAGAUUCGUGGUUAGUGGAAUUUAUCGAUGAUUUAAGAGAAAAGACGGAUAAUUUUAUGAUCUAUGCUGAAGAAUGUGACUUAAGCUCACUUUAUUCGGUAAGAAAGUUUGCCACAAAGUGGCUAGAUAACCAACCGCCAAGACGGUUGGAUGGUGUAAUCUGUUGCGCCGCCGAUGCUAUUCCAUUUGGCAAAAAGAGACAAGCCACCCAGGAUGGUGUUGAGAGACAAAUUGGAAUCAAUUAUUUGGGGCAUUAUCAUUUAUUAGCCCUUCUUGGACCUUGCCUUAGGUCACAGCCUCCAGAUAGAGAUGUUAGAAUCGCUAUUGCAACUUGUUCUUCACAAUCAAUAGGAGAUAUUGAUUUAGAUGAUUUGCUCUGGGAAUCCAGGAGAUAUCCUUCGCGUAGUCCUCUCAAGGUUUAUGGAACAUCCAAGCUAUUAUUAGGUUUAUUUGCUAAAGAAUACCAGAGACAAAUAGAUUGUUAUGAAAGGAAAGAUAAGGCACCAUGUAAUGUUAAAAUUAACAUGGUUAAUCCUGGAGUCAUGAGAACUCCCUCCACUAGAAGAUAUAUAUCCAUGGGAUCUAUAAUUGGCCUUUUUAUUUAUCUUUUGUUACUCCCUAUAUGGUUCUUGUUUCUCAAAAGUCCCCGUCAAGGUGCUCAAUCAUUUUUAUUUGUGCUUUCAGCUCCUAUUAUUGCUAAAAUUGGGGGCGGGAAUUUGGUUCAGGAAUGUAAGAUACUACAAAGGACUAGGACGGAAUAUCAAGACGAAGAACUACAAAAAUCUAUUUUUCAAAAGACAGAAGAAUUAAUUUUAAGCAUAGAAAAGAAAUCCGCCAUUGAAAGAAAAAAGUUAGAAAAGUUGAGAGAACUGCAAGCCUCAAGAGAGCAAAAAAGAAAAGAAAAGGAAGAAGAAAGUGCUAAAAGGAGAGCUAAUAUUUAUGAGAAGCCUGAAUCUCCUGAAGAACUUGAGGCAAAAUUGAGCAUCUUGAGAAAGCUGAUAGGGGUUCUGUCCAACUCUGGUGUACAUGAACCACCUUUGUUUCCUGGUGAAAAUACAGCUGAAUCGGAAACUUCCGGCGCGAAAUCUCAAAAUAAAGUCAAGCCAAAGAAGCUGAAGUCCUCUAAGAAGGGUUCAAGCAAGAAAAACUAG